AUGACCCGCAUUCUCGAUCGCCGCGCCGUCCUUGGCAUCCUCGCCGGCGGCGCCGCCACAUUCACCGCCCUGCCCCAGGCGCUGGCACAAUCGACGCCGACGGCCGCCGAACUGCUCGAACGGCUGGGCGCCGAUCCAUCCAUGGUGAUCGCGCCGGACGCACGCGUAUCUGUGCGCGAACUCACCCGCCGGCGUGAUUUGCGCCGGAUCGCGCCGUCGGUCGAUGUCCAGUCGAUCAAUUUCGCGUUCGGUUCGGCCCGCAUUCCGCCACGCGAGAUCUGGAAGAUCGACGAGAUCGCCAGCGCGAUGCGCCAGCUUCUGCGCCGCCGCGGACGCGAGCUGUUCCUGAUCGAAGGGCAUACCGAUGCGGUCGGCUCGAACGAGGCCAAUCUGCGCCUGUCGCGGGCGCGGGCGCGCUCGGUCGCCGAUGAACUGGCCCGGUCCGGCAUUCCAAACAAUGCGAUUGAGACGAUCGGUUACGGCGAGGAAGACCUUCUGGUGCCGACCCAGCGCGCCGACUGGCGCAACCGGCGCGUGACGCUGCGCCGCGUCACCGAUCUCGUCAUCGGCUACUGA